AUGUGCAGGAAAUCAGAGAGGUUUUCCCUUUUUGCUUUGACUGUGGGGAGUCUAGAUGGUGACGACCUGACCGAAUUUGGGCAGCCACUUUUUUUUGCAGCGGUUGGGCUGGUGCUUGGCUCUAAGCUGGAGCGGGCCAUAGACGAGGAGUGUGAGUCGGGCAGUUUCACUCAAGAUGGGGAGUGCUGUGUGCUGUGUCCUCCAGGAGAGGGAGUGGUCAAGGAGUGUGGGGCCACCCAGACCGAAUGUGGUCAAUGCUUAGACAGUGAGACAUUCUCUGAGAUGUUCAGUCACACAGAGAGGUGUCAGACUUGCAGAGAAUGCACGGGUCUUAUGCGCAUGCAGACCCCCUGCACCGAUUCGAACGACGCUGUGUGUGUGUGCAACUAUGGCUACUUCAUGAGCGAACUGACAGGCCAGUGUGAGCCGUGCACUGUGUGUCCACGCGGUCAGGGUGUGCUGAUGCGCU